UCGCAAUCUUUAUUUAGAACACUUGAGUAGUAAAUAAACACGUAUUAUUCUUCGCUGCCGUUUAAUAUUUAAAAAUAUCGCCAUGCCGAAAGUAUCAAGCUCUAAAGCUGAUUUACUUAAGAAAUGGAUAAAUAAUGCUAAACAUUUAUCCGCUGAUGGAACAGUUGUGUACUGUAACGCCUGUUCAAAGCAAGUAUCCUCAAACCAGAAAUUUCAGAUCGAUCAACACCUUGCUACAGCCAUUCACAAGGAAGUGGAGAAACGAUUUAACGGGAAGGUGCAACAAACGAUUGUUUCAACUGCAUUAUGUGUCAGCUUCCAACAAAAUUAGGAUUCUAAAAAUGAAUUUUAUUUUGAUUUAUGCAACUCCAUGGCACAAUCAAACAUACCAUGGAAUAAAUUAGAACAACCGGCGUUCCGUAAAUUUUUAGAAAAAUAUUGUAACCGCCAUAUCACAAAUGAAUCCACAUUGCGCAAAAACUAUUUGAAGAAAUGUUACCAAGUACGUUAAGAAAAUAUUAGGGAAAAGUUAUGCAACACAAGUUGACGAAACAACAGAUGCAUGUGGUCGUUAUGUUGCCAAUAUACUUGUUCGUAUUUUAAACGAGUCUACCCCUCCAGUGUCUUAUUUAAUUAAUUCUGCUGCCUUAGAAAAAACCAAUCACUCGACCGUUGCACGUUUUAUUAAUGAUAGUUUAACCCUACUAUAGUAUGCACCAAAUCCAGUCAAAUCAGAAAACGUAAAAUUGAUGCUUUCUGAUGCGGCCGCUUAUAUGAUCAAGUAUCGCAAAUAUCUUGUGGGAAAUGCAAAUUCAGCUGACCCAUACAUUGCGUACAAUUUGUGUAGUUGUGUUACAACCUAUCUUUUACUAUUGCGGAGCGUUAGUAAUAUGUUGUUGCAACUCGCUUUCAACAUCUACAUCUAUUCUAUUUACGAGACGAAACAUAAUUGCAUGAUCAAACGAAUUUACCUGUAAGUGAUCUGAAUUAUGUGAAGGCCUCGUCGAAGUAAGUAGCUUCCUUCUCCAUAUGUCUCACCCAAUCGUUGCAACAACUUGACUUUGAAGAAAAUGAGAGUUUGUAGGCCAGGGGCCGGAGAGGAGGAAGGGCUUGGCCAGAAACGGGAUACUACAUCUGUUCUGUCUACUUCGACGAGGCCUUCACAUAAUCAAGAUCGAAAAUCACUUACAGGUAAGUUCGUUUGAUCAUGUAAUUAAAGGAUUAUCUGGGAAACAGUAAGGAUUCUAUUAGCAAUGUUGCGUAUUUAGGUUAAUAAGAAAAUGGCAUUAGCAGAGUUUCGCAAAAUAAGAAAAUUUUCUAUUUUUUCAUGAGUUUUUUUAGGUGGAAUUCUAAAAUAAAUUACGCAUUAAGGGAUAAUUGAGACAAUACCUCAUAUUUUUGCUCGUGAAAGUUUUCAAGUUUUUCAAUAGAAAAUCCGAUUUAAAAACAUGGAGAUAGACUCUGGAGGUCAAAGUAAUGAUCCCCCAGCGUCCCUGAUGAUGAAUGGACCCAGCCAGAAGGAGAGAAAAGAAAUUACCAUGAAAUCAAAGGAAUUGAUGACACCAGCUGUAGCAGACGAAAAGGACAGAACCAUCCAGCGUCUGACCCUGAUCAUCGAAAGCCAGGCCCAGCAAAUAAAGGAAUUGACUGAGACAGUUAGGGACCAAAAUAGUAAAAUAAACUGCCUGGCCACCCAGGUAACACAAUUAAUCAAUAAUCCAAAUUCUAAUCCUAAAUCUGACAAGGCUGUGAGUUUAAAAAGACCUCUAGAAAAUUUGACUGACGUGACAUCGACCGACGAUGAAAUACAGAAUGACGGAUUCAUCCAGGCCAAGUCUAGGAAAAGAAGCAGUGACAAAACGAACAAAACCGACAAGACGGAUGACUUCCGAGCUCUUCCAAAAGCAAAAUCCAAAUUCAAGGUGACAAUCCCCUCAAAACCGUCUGCUUCAUUAAACGUAUCAAAUUCUUCUGCCUCUUGUCCUAUGACAGUCGAUGCAGCGACCACAUCUUCUGAAUCUUUGGCCAUUGCAUCGACUGACGAUGCAUUAUCUCAACAAACUCACGUUGCUGGUGAGUUGACCAGUAGAGCACCCCGCCAGGGCGAAACACGCCCAUUGUUUUGCGUGAUGUGACCAAGUGGCGAAAUCUAAACUACACCUUUAUAAGCUUAGACAUUAAGAUAGAACGCGCAGUUGUCGUUGAUGUGGAAACCAGGAUUUUGGCGAAAACUGAGGAUGACUAACCGCAGGAUCCUUCGCCUGUUCAGGAAGGAGGGCAUGCCCCAUCAUACGUUCCCUCUUUCUUCAGAACGAAAUAUUCACGCGGUAGUCAAAUGGGAAUUAGAACAGAAGGGCUAUACUCCGCUCCACAUUAUCCGACUCAAAUGCAGUGGCGACGCACUCAUGCCUUUGGUGGUCGUGAUAUUGCCCAAGAUUGAAAAGCCCAGCAGCUGUUCAAUGAACAUGAGCUGCUGGGUCUAGCAAUCAGAGUUGAAGUUCGAAAGAACUACAGACUUAUUGGGCAGUUUCACCGCUGCCAAAGGUACGGUCAUGUGCAGUCUUGCUGCACAGCACCUCCCAAAUGUUUAAAAUGUGUUUCCGACCACAUGACACAUUUAUGCCCCCUCACAAGACAAGAAGAUCGAAGGUGUGCGAACUGUGGAGGGGCGCAUCCCGCUAACAGUCCCACUUGCAGAUUCACCCCCAGGCGAAUCUGGAAGUCAUAGCGCAAAUACGCAGCAAGUUAUACGCGGAAGCAGCCGUCUUAACAUCUUCGGUUGCCCCUCUGUUCAACCCACUUUGAACACGCAGAAUGUGGACCUAGCAACUGCGCCAAGGUCCCUUUUAACAAAUAAUAAGUUCCCUGAUUAGCGCCACUCAGGCAUCGCAGGCGAUCUUUCCGCAGCCGUUGAAUGGCUAAGUACGAUCGACAACCUGCAUUUAUCAAAAUUCUUUUUUGGAAUUGCCUGGGCCUAAGGGGUAUUCCCAAAAAACAGGAAUUUCAUCAAACUCUAUUGGAUGAAAGUAUAGACGUAGCUCUGCUGCAGGAAACAUUACUUAAUCCGGGAGAUCGCUUAGCUUAGCUUUCUCGAAUUAUGAUGUUAUAUGCGCUGACAGAUUGAAUGGUACGGGUGAUGGCUUAGCUGGACUCUUCGGGCCCUCUUAUUGCGGCAGAGGACUACAACUACAAACACUGAUCAUGGCACUCAAGGCUUAACUCUACUUGUGGGGUUCGGCUUUACAACCAUGUAAUGCGAAACGGGUAUCUUAUUCACAGCACCGAAGAGCCGGCUCACCAUCCGUUCAAUCACCUUCAGGCACCAGAUGUUAUAGAGUUUGCAAUAUCUAAAAACUGUAGGUUCAGUAUUGCUUCUAGGAUUCUGUAUGACAUCUCUGUUGUUCUGGAGGUAGGUAAUGGGCAUUUCGUGGAGGAGGAAAGUACUCCAAGGAAAAGAGUUGAUUGGAAACUAUACAAUCGUUUCUCAAAGAGUUUUCCAGCGUCCCGGUCAUACAUGAUUAGAAAGGAUUAGAAAGAAAGGAUGGUGCUCAAUCGGAGUGGAAAUCUUUUCUCCCUGCUGACAUCCGUCGGCAAAUUUCUGAAAAGAGGGCUGCGAUUAAGCAAGCAAAAAGGUCUUGACAUCCUGAUGACAUUCGUAGAAGGACGAAUCUCGUUCAUGAGGUAAGAAAUGCACUCCAUGAAUUCCUCAAUGAGCAGUGGAGCGACUUUCUGGCGGGGAUGCUUGAAUCAAGUAUACCUAUCUGGAAAGUGGUAAAAUCGCUCAGAAACGGAAGGCAAGAACAACUACCACAUAUUCAUGAUCCUGGAGGCAUAGUUUUCAGGACUGAGGAUAAAGUGGAUGUUUUUGCUGAUAUCAUGGAAAGGCAGUUCUCUCCCAAUUAAGAUCUGGACAAUGACCUUGACGAGGAACGACAAACUGUAAGAUCUGUCAGGAGAUAUUUCAGAGGGAAUGGAUAAAACAGCACCAGUGCUAACAUCGGUGACUCCUUUUCAGAAGAUUCUCGUAUGGAAGACUCUUCAGAUGAAUCUCAGCAUAGCACAUCAACGGAAUCCUCUGAGAUUCAGUUUUGCUUACCAGCAGAGCUCCAAGGCCACAUUAGGACCUAAAGGUGCGUACAGCACCUGGUGAGGAUCAAAUCACCAAUAAAGCACUGAAGUUGCUUUUGCUCAAGGCUUUGACUUAUUUGGCGGCAAUAAUCAAUGCAAUGCUCAGAACUCAUUACUUUCAUGAUCUCAAAGAAGGCAGGUUCAAUAUUCCCCUAGGAUUACCGUCCCAUUAGCCUGGUGUCAGCUCCUUCUAAGCUCGCUGAAAAGGUGAUUUAUCGUCUCCUUGAGAAUUUCUCGUCAGAUCACCAUGUGAUUCCUGACGUGCAAUUCGGCUGUCGGUCUGAGCAUAGUACGGAGCUACAGGCAUUUAGACUGGUGGAGCAUGCAACCAGAGGGUUCACCCUAAACAAAAGUGCUGGUAUCUUGUUUUUAGAUGUAUCAAAGGCAUUUGACAAGAUGUGGCACAUGGGCCUCUUGUAUAAGCUCAUCCAAAAGGUUUUUCCAUUUUGGCUACUAAGAUUGUUCAAAUCUUUUCUAGAAGGAAGGAAGUUCCUGAUCAAAAUUAACAAUGUGUUGUCAACAACACGGCCGGUGUUCCUCAGGGUUCGGUCUUAGCACCAAUCCUUUAUUCACUCUGUAUACAUGACGUCCCUUGCCCAAGCAACUAUGAAGCCUAUCUCUAUGCUGACGACACUGCACUGCUAGCCCAGUCUUGUUCUGGUAACCUGGUUCACGACAGGCUGCAGAGUGCGGUGGAGGAAGUAUUGGAGUGGACGGAUCGGUGGUUGAUCAAAAUUAAUACUUCGGAAACGCAGGCAAUCUAUUGCACUAAAACACGUCGCGGUGCCCCCUCAGAGAUAUCAGUGAAUGGAACUCGACUAAUGGGCAAAGGUCCUACGGACCGCCCAGACAAUCAAAUGACGAAUAGUACCAUUGGUGCAAUCUGUCAGGUAUCUUGGAGUCAUCAUUGACAAGGGGUUGACCUGGCAGAAACAUACUGAUAUUAGGAAAACAAAACUCCAAAUUACCUUUCGGUAGCUUUAUCCUUUGUAGUGCAGAAAAUCAAAAUUAAGUUUGAUCAACAAGAUUCGGUUGUAUAAAAUGGUCAUAACACCCGCAUGCGCGGCUUAGUGUUUUCUUGCCAAGACGCAUAUGCAGAGACUGCAAGUCAAAUGAGACCAUUCACAGAGAUCUUGAUAUCCCAUAUCUAAGGCAUUAUGUAAAACAUCAGACAAAAACGUUAUAAUCAAGCCGAAUCGCACAAUAACCCUCUGUUGCGUGAUUCAGUAGACUACACAGUCGAGCAAGUUCACAAAGAUUCCAGGCCGCGCCUCGCACUGUGAUCAAAAUUGAAUUGUAAAUUCAGAACAGGCAAAAUUAUUUCAGUAUACAAAAUCGAUCAAAAUUAUUUUUUGAGUUACAAAAUAAUUCGAGUAGUCAGAGCAAUAAUGCUUAAGCUAUUCCAAAUGACUCACUUCUUUUCUUGGCUCUAUUUCUUCCUUCCUUUUUUUCCUUCUUUCCCUUUCCCGCUUACACAUGUUUGGUAUCUGGGUAGCCAGACCUGACAGACUAACAGACCGACGAGACUUUUAACUAAGAGCAAAGGUCCACCGGAUCGCUCUGACGAGCAAUGACGAAUAGUAAAAUUCCAUUAUUGUAACUUCAAUUGACGUUUUGUUUCUUGUCCUCAGACAUUAGCUAUAAUUUUUCCUAGCAAUGCUAAUUGGACCAUAAGAGAUCAAAUACCUCGAGGCAAGCCUUUUCACUCAACAAGCUUCUUUCGUAGAUGUUUUAUGUAUCAAUCAAUCACUAAUUUCAACUAGUUUAGAACUUGAAUUAUUACCGGCACGAAAAUUUAGGGUAGUGCUUAUGCAAUAUUUGUACGAUAGACACAUUUAAAUCAUUAGCGCAAUAUAACAGGUUAAUAAGUAGGAUAAGUCGGUAUGGUUUGAUUAUUUCAUUCAUCUGUUUUAUUUUAAAAUAUUUCAGUGUUCCAUAUCUACCUAAGGUUAGGUGUAACGGUAGCUUCAAGCUGAAUCUAGCUUUUUAUAGAUAAUAGUAAUAAAAACGAUUAUUAUUUUGUUAUGUAUAUGUUUUCUGUCG